CACCCCCUGGCCCUUUUCUCCCGGUUCUUCUCCAAACCUGGUCCAGGCACCACGCCCCCUUCUCACUGACUAGUGAUCUCCCCUUUUGAUGUCCUGGCCUGCCUUUUUGGUGACCUCUGACCCUGGGCCUAGUGGGAUUGAUCAGCACUUGGAUCUGUGACCUUUCACCCCGGUCCCAAAAUGUCCCAAUCAAAGGAUGUGGUUGACCCGGCCUUUCUGCUUCCUCACAAUAACCUUAAGGGAGGAGGGAGGGUACCACCUUGAAAGUGUUGAUCUACAGCAGCAAAUUAUGACCAUUAUAGAUGAACUGGGCAAGGCUUCUGCCAAGGCCCAGAAUCUUUCCGCUCCCAUCACUAGUGCAUCAAGGAUGCAGAGUAACCGCCAUGUUGUUUAUAUUCUCAAAGACAGUUCAGCCCGACCGGCUGGAAAAGGAGCCAUUAUUGGUUUCAUCAAAGUUGGAUACAAGAAGCUCUUUGUACUGGAUGAUCGUGAGGCUCAUAAUGAGGUAGAACCACUUUGCAUCCUGGACUUUUACAUCCAUGAGUCUGUGCAACGCCAUGGCCAUGGGCGAGAACUCUUCCAGUAUAUGUUGCAGAAGGAGCGAGUGGAACCGCACCAACUGGCGAUUGACCGACCCUCACAGAAGCUGCUGAAAUUCCUGAAUAAGCACUACAAUCUGGAGACCACAGUCCCACAGGUGAACAACUUUGUGAUCUUUGAAGGCUUCUUUGCCCAUCAACAUCCUCCAUCAAGGAAGCUGCCACCCAAGAGAGCAGAGGGAGACAUCAAGCCAUACUCCUCUAGUGACCGAGAAUUUCUGAAGGUAGCUGUGGAGCCUCCUUGGCCCCUAAACAGGGCCCCUCGCCGCGCCACACCUCCAGCCCACCCACCCCCCCGCUCCAGCAGCCUGGGAAACUCACCAGAACGAGGUCCCCUCCGCCCCUUUGUGCCAGAGCAGGAGCUGCUGCGUUCCUUGCGCCUCUGCCCCCCACACCCUACCGCCCGCCUUCUGCUGGCUGCUGACCCUGGGGGCAGCCCAGCCCAACGUCGUCGCACCAGGUAAUAGGAGUUGAAGGGCUAAGGAGCCUCACAGCUAUCAAAGAGGAUGUCAGAAAUGGCAAAGGGCAAUUUGAAUCCAUCAGAGAGAUGGAUCAGUAAGAUGGGUGGAUUGGGGGGGUCCUGAAACCUUUCACAAAAAAUAUUUGUGCAAGUGAUCUGGGAAAAAAAUACAGUGAAAGAGCAGAAUAGGACCUUAUAUGGAGCCUAGGGACCCUGGCUUUAAUGUGAGAGUUGUGUGGAAUGGUAGGAAGAACACCGAGAUCCAUCGAGUUGGGGGAACAGAGCCUUCUAAGAUUGGGGAAAUCUUCGCUUAAUACUUGCUGGGGAAGGGGCAGUGUCUGACACAGAGUGGGGAGCCACUGGCUUGUGUGCCAAGAGUCCAUCGCAGCAGGCAGGGAGUGGGCAUUUCCUUUAUUUCUCUCCCUAGCUUUCUCUUCACCUCUGACUUCUCUGUUUUUCUCUCCCCCGCCCCCCGCCAUUUCCCCUCUCCCUUCCUCCCAUCCAUAACAUCCUUCCACAGCUCCCUUCCCCGCUCUGAGGAGAGUCGAUACUGACAGCUACCCUCUCCCUUCCCUGGGAGACCUAGGGUGGGCAGAGACCCCCUCCCUGAGAACCUCAGACCCACUCUUCCAUUGCAUCCUGUAGGACCCAGUGGAACCUGACAGAGCCCAUAGGGUUCCCUCUUCUACUUUCUUAGACAGCAGAGAUGUCAGGGUCUCAAACUGCCUAACACUUUGUAGCUUUUCUUACCACAAAAGCACCCCUUCUCUCCUAACUUGGGCUCUGAAUACUUUCCCCACAGGAAGUCUGAUCUGUUGCCAGACUUCUUGAUUAGAUGGCUCAUACAUUUAUCUAGAGAAGCACACUCUUGCUUGCUGUCAAAUUUUAGAACACCAUGGAAGGUCUAAGGGCGUCCUGUGCCAGGGAAACUUUUUAAGGAAUUUUAUCUAUGGGAUAAACCCCAUAUUCCCUCUAGUGUCUACUGGUGGCUCUAAUACUGCUUUGUGCUGCCUGCCACACUUGCCCUUUGAGCCUGCGAAUGGCCGCCAGUGAGCAAGCUCUGCUUCAGAGCGUCUAGUUAGGUAGAACAGGGACUUACCAGCUUCCCAAAGGGAUCUACUCAACAUUGCCAAACUCUUCAUUUCCACAUUUUGUGUAGGUGUCAGGGAACCCCAAACUGGUGUUGCUUUGGGGUCUCUAAAGGAGACUGGCUGACACCACCAUUUCCCCCAGAUCCAGAUUCUCUGAGGGAGGCUGUUUCUUGAGAGUAGAUCCAGAGUCUCAAGGAUCUGUUAGAUCCUGGAAUCCCCUCUUGCAUCCAUCCCUCCCUGGUAGCUAGAUGCCGAUAUAUUCCUGUCUUGUGAGAUUGUCGAGAUGAGAUGGGGGACCACUCUUCCUCUCUCCUUCCUCUCUCCUUUCCUCCAUAGCAAGGACAACCUUCCCUGCUCCAUGCCCAGAGUAUAGCUAGAUCCCUUCCCCUCCCUAACCUCUGAAUGUGUGCUAGAUCAGGUGCCCCACUGUGUUUCCUGAAAUCCUUGGGAGCCGGAUCUCCCCCUCUCCCCUACUCACUCUUCCCUUUUCUUCUCUCAGUGUUGUCUGAAUAAAGUGUGAAUUCUUUUGUGUUUUCUAAAUUGACAUUUUCAAUGAAAAAAAGAAUCACAAAAAAAAAGAAGUUGUCAGCCUCAUUUGUGCGUCAUCCCUUAUUUUCCUGGGAUCUCAGGACCUCUGUCCCUCUCAUUUCUCACUUCUGAGAUCUGCACAUCUUUUACCCAGGAGCCUCAGAGCUCGCGGGUCUGGUGUCUGCCUAUGCCCAUCUUCACUGUUAGUCCUCCUGCAGAUUCUGUGUCUCCUUUCAUGUAGGUGCUGGAUCCCUGUGUGUGGGCUUCUGUAUCUACUCCCUCAUUCCCUCCAGGAACCUCCAGCUCUCCCCAGUGAUUUCUACCCUUUACUCUGGGCCUGCCUUUGCCAAGAUAUCAAAGCUUACCAACAUCUCUGGAUCCACUAAUUACCUCCUGCCUCCUGUAUUCCUCUUCCCACUCUGAUUACCUGACGUCUGCUCCACUAAACCGCUGGAUCUCUCUCAAGACAAACCCUUACCUCCAUUGAGAGUGCUACACAGUCUGUCACCCUAUUUACAGAGGCCCCCUUCCUUUUCCUCCUAAAUUCAAAAUUCAGCCUUGUCACUUCCUAUUUCCCUCUGGUCUAAGGAAUCUUUUUUUUUUUUGAGAUGGAGUCCUGCUCUGUCGCCAGGCUGGAGUGCAGUGGCACAAUCUCGGCUCACUGCAACCUCCGCCUCCUGGGUUCAAGCAAUUCUCCUGCCUUAGCCUCCCAAGUAGCUGGGAUUACAGAAGUGCACCACCGCGCCCAGCUAGUUUUUGUAUUUUUAGUAGAGAUGGGGUUUCACCAUGUUGGCCAGGAUGGUCUCGAUCUCCUAUCGCGUGAUCCACCCGCCUUGGCCUCCCAAAGUGCUGGAAUUACAAGCAUGAGCCACCGCACCCAGCCUGGUCUAAGGAAUCUUAUACUUAAGGUAACCCUGUUUUCCAAACCAAACACCAGAGUACCUGAUCCAACACAUUUUUGACCACAUGUGAGUCUGUUCUUAUGACAUGAUUUGGAUCACACCUAGCCAUAGAUUUAACUAGAAAGAAUAGAGCAAUAAAUCAGAAGCACUCCAGAAAAUCUUGGGUAUAAAAUGAACUUCCCCCACCCUUUUCUGGGGCACAGCUUUGAUUAAAACCCAUUAGGAAUGAUAAUUACCCCCUUCUCUUUGUUCCUGUGCUAUUCCUUUUACUCCUCUCCUCUGAUUCCUCCAUACCCACCCAUCUUUCAUCCAGUAGCCUCCUCCCCAUCAUCUCCCAUUUCUUCUACAGGGGGACUCCCCCAGGUCUGGUAGCCCAAAGCUGCUGCUACAGCCGCCAUGGGGGGGUGAAUUCCUCAUCCCCCAAUAUAGGUAAGUAUUCACUCCUCCCUACCCUCAAAUCAAGUAGGCCACAUUCACUAUCUACUCCUGCCUCCCCAUUCACAUGCCUGAUAUUUCCACAGGCAACCAAGACUCCAAGCAGGGAGAACAGGAAACAAAGAAUAGGUGAGGUCUAAACCCCUCCCCUAACAGCCUCCCACCACCAUCUGACUCCCUUCCUAACAUCAUUCUCAGCCACUUCCUACUCUUAAAUCUUAUUGUAUAAACUGGACACCAGCUCCUCCCACAAUUCCUUCUACCUUACAUCCUGCAAGCCCCUUUCCCCCACAGGUUCAACUCUGGUACUUCCCUUUGGAAUACGGGUUCUCUGAGAGGUUUUAAAUUUGGACAUAGCACUAAUGGUUCCAGCCUCAUACCCAUCAUGUGUCCUACAUUAAAACCUGGCCUGAGAUCUUGAAGAGUCUGUAAUCUUAAUUUCCUCUUUAGUAUUCCUAUAACCCACUCUCCAUCUCCCCACCUACCAGGUCUGCCAGUGAGGAGCAGGCCUUGUCACAGGAUGGGUCUGGGGAGAAGCCCAUGCACACAGCUCCUCCACAGUCCCCGACCCCGGCCCCGGCCCCACCAGCCCAGUCCUGGACAGUGGGUGGGGACAUACUCAACGCCAGGUUCAUUCGAAACCUGCAGGAACGUCGCAGCACCAGGCCUUGGUGACCGCAUCUUCAAAGUAUUAUUUCUCCCUCACUACAGGAAAGAGCCAAAGCUCAACCCUCAUAAUAGAUGGAUACAUUCAUUCAUUCAUUCAUUCAUUCGUUCAGCAGGCUUAUCAGAUUCAAGUCAUUUGUAUCUUUUAACCAGACCAAUAAAAGUAUUUAUUUUUAUCACAA